AUUGUGUUUUGUUUAUUUUUAUUUAAACGAAUGGCUGCGACCACAACAGCUGUCUCCCCCGUGGUGGAGGCGGACACAGAUGCCUGCAACCUAAUUUCUGCCACUGUGGUGGCGGGCCUAAGAAACCUGGGCACAAUUCUGUCGCCAUCCAUCACCAAGCUUCUCAUUGCGAAUUCCCUUAAGUUGACUCUCCAUCCGGAUGCAACCAUUGCGCCAGUGCCUGAAAUCUAUGCGAACAAUGCGGCGAGCGCCAAGCAAAGCGAAUACGCCGUAGUCACCCUGUACGCCUUGGCCACCAAACAUGCCUGGGAUGCACUGACAUUUCGCCAGCAACUGGAGGGCCUUGCGCUGCACAGCAGUGCCGUGGAUGAGUUGACACGCGUCUACGAGGACAAUCGGAAGGAUCUGGUGUUGCGACAACUGCAAGUGGGACACAAUUUUCCCCACAUCACCGAUGUUCAGUGGCGCAUAGCGUGCGAUGUAAAGUCCUCCACGUCCGACAGCAGUACGGGCGUUGCUCAGUUUUGCAUUAAUCUUGGCCGGUUUAAGCAGAGCAGCGGCGAACGGAUAACCAUUGUGGAGUUUGUGUGCAAUGCCGAAGAGUUGCAAUCGCUGAUAAAUCGGCUAAAGGAGAUCGAGAGGCAUUGUAACCAGAUGGCCAUCAGAUAGUAGGAACAGAACAAUCUUAUAAUUUAUAUUCUUGCAUUAAAUAACAAUUCUUCUCUAACU